CCGCUCCGCCCGGCGGGGGUGAGCGUUUGGCUGCUUCGCUGAGUGCUCCUGAAACGCUGCGAGACACGACACGCUGCACUGUUCGCUGAAAGACAUAAUGGCUGUCAAACAUCAUUACUUUCUCUUUUGCAAUAUAACAUUAGCGGUGGAAUCUUAAAAAGCUGGCAUGGUCGGGCUGUGUUUUGAAAAUCAGUAUGGCUUUUCCAUGUUGGUGUAUUUGCUUUUACAGUAUGGAUUUAUAAAUACAUGCCUGAAGUCUUUGGUGGUUGAAAAGUAUGGUGAAGAAACGUGGGAAAGAUUAAGGCUGCAGGCUGGAGUCCAGGAUUCUUUCUUGACUUUUGAGGUUUACAAAGAUGAGAUCACAAUGCAGCUCAUUGACAAAGCCUGCAAAAUACUAGGUGUUCCCGCCGACGCGGUUCUGAGAGAGUUUGGAGAGUAUUUCUUUGAGUUCUGUAAACGCUCAGGCUAUGACCACAUGCUGAGGACACUGGGUGGGAAUCUCUAUGAGUUCAUAGAGAACCUGGACGCAUUGCACAGCUACCUCUCCCUUUCCUACCAGGAGAUGAAUGCACCAUCUUUUCGAGUAGAGAAGAAUGAAGACGGGUCAAUGCAUUUACAUUACUAUUCAGACAGAAGAGGUCUGUGCCAUAUUGUGCCAGGAAUCAUCGGUGCAGCAGCCUUGGAUUUUUUUAACAUUGAGAUUUCAAUGGAAAUAGUCAAUCAAACAGAAGAAGAAGAAGAAGAAAGAACUGGGAAAAAGGAACAUAUUGUUUUUCUUGUCACUCAAAACCCUGUAUUUUCAUACAAGGAAAGAAAUGAGUUUUGUUCCUCACCUCAAUAUCUUGCUGACUCUGUAAAACAAAUUGAGAACCAACUUAAUAAAGAGGAUCUUGAAAAAGCCAAGAAUACAAUUAGAGACAGAGGAAGCUCUGUUUGUCCUGUGAAGAAGAGUCACUGGAAAACAAUAAGAGGAAUAAUCACAUUAGGAAAAGGUAAGCUCCUGAGAGGAUUUGAUCCUGUUUAUCCCAAGAGCCUCUGGAUUGACACAAAAACAUUUUGCAAUGGACUUCCUUUUCAUAUGGUUUUUGACAAAGAGCUCAGAGUGAAGCAAGCUGGGGUGAGCAUUCAAAAGAUUGUACCUGGCCUCCAGACCAUGGGCAUCUGCUUGGAUCACUAUUUCAGUAUCCUUCACCCAGAAGUACCCUUCACCAUCUCUAGCAUUCAGAAAUUCAUCAACAGCCAAUUUGUUUUCCAGACUAGAAGAGAGAUGAUGCCAGAGUCUUGGAAACAACGGCCAAUGCUAGAGCUGAGAGGCCAGAUGAUCUGGAUGGAGUCCCUGCAGUGCAUGCUCUAUCUCUGCUCACCUUUGCUUCGCACUUUGCAUGAGCUGGAGGAGCGACAGAUGCAUAUUGCAGACAUUGCACCUCACGACGUGACCAGGGAUUUGAUUCUUCUCAAUCAGCAGCGUCUGGCAGAGAUGGAGCUCUCCAACCAGCUGGAGAGGAAGAAGGAAGAACUGCGGAUACUGUCGAAGCACCUGGAGGAAGAGAAGAAAAAGACCGAAGCUCUGCUCUACGCCAUGCUUCCACAGCAUGUGGCCAACCAGCUGAAAGAGGGGAAGCGAGUUGAGGCAGGAGAGUUCAAGGAGUGCACUAUAUUGUUCAGUGAUGUUGUGACCUUCACCAACAUUUGUGCCCAAUGUGAGCCUAUUCAGAUAGUUCUCAUGUUGAAUUCAAUGUACCUGCGAUUUGACAGACUGACCACGGUGCAUGACGUGUACAAGGUGGAGACAAUUGGAGAUGCCUACAUGGUAGUAGGUGGGGUCCCUGUGCCUGUACCCACUCAUGCUGAGCGCGUCGCUAACUUUGCCUUGGGAAUGAUAAUAGCAGCUAAAGGAGUACAGAACCCAGUUUCUGGAAAUCCUAUCCAAAUUAGAGUUGGGAUCCAUACAGGUCCUGUCUUGGCUGGAGUUGUUGGAGAAAAGAUGCCUCGUUAUUGCUUAUUUGGAGACACGGUGAAUAUAGCUUCCCGGAUGGAGAGUCAUGGUGUCCCAAGUAAAAUUCAUCUCAGCUCCAGUGCCUAUCAAUGCCUGAAAUACAAGAAUUUUGAGAUGACUGAAAGAGGAGAAAUAGAAGUAAAAGGCAAAGGGAAAAUGCACACAUACUUCCUCAUAAGAAAUAAAACUGCAACUGAGAAUGAGAUUAUGGGAAGGCCAGUGAAAGACCUAGAUUCUGGCCAUGAAUCUGUUCAGUCCUUUCAAGAAGGCAGGGCUGAAACAAUACCAAGUUGUCAUCAGCCAGUUACUCAGACUCAGCCAGAGAAGGACCAGACCCCAGCCAUUGCAAUGAAGUAUACUGAUGGCCCCACAGAUGCACAAAACAGCCUCGAAAGAAGAAAUCAAGCGAAAAUUGCAGAUUUAACAGGCAAAACUUAUGAUUCCAAAAGUGAUGGGAGUCUCCAUGGCAACCAGCAGGCGGAUGAUAGUCCUUGUCCUCUAAACCGGGGAAGAGUCAAACCUGCUACUGAAGAGCCACAGAACAGAAACGUUCGCUCUAAUUUUUGCACUUUACUCUAAGUUUCUUACUUUUUACAUUAAACAGAUCAUUUUAUUAUGGUUUUGUGCAUUUUGCUGUUGUGGGACUGAUUUUGUAUAUCAAGUACCACAGAUUUUUAAAAAAAAAAAGAAAAAAAAAAAGACAUUUCAUCCCAGUUUUCAGCAAAAAGAAAACAAUGGAGGAUAUUUUUUUUUUAAUCAAUCUACACGUGCCAUAUAAUACUCCCACUGGAGAAAGAAACCACCGCAACGUGCUUUGAAGACGUAUUUUUCAGCCUUUGCCAUGUCUUCAAAUAUCCCUACGUAAAAAUCACUUUUUAGUGUCUCAUGCAGCAAUUGAGGAAGAGGUGACUCAUCCAGCUAGAAAUACUCCUACCCAAACCAGCGCUUGCCAUAAAGGAAAGAUUCCCUGAAGUGACCAUCUGUCCUGACUUCAGCAGAGCCACCCCCUUCCCUGUGUAAGGUUAGCACAAUUCCAUCUACGUUUUAACUGCGAGGACAGUUGAACGUCUUAACAGGUCUCCUGUUGGACAAAGGCAUUAUGCAGUAGAAGUGCAGAACAGAUCUAACACCACCUGUAUUUUUCCAUCCUGAAGAGGAAAUACUCUGUGUGCUUUAUAGCACCCAACAGUAAAAAAACUUCCACGACCUUCGAACCAGCUGUCCCUGCUAUGCUUAGAUGAUUGUAGAAGGAGAUGCACGUAGUGCAGUUAUGUAGCAUCGAUUUCAUCACAACACUGAGGGACUGUUCAAGGCCUGUGAACUGAGACCUUCAAAGGAGUUGAAAGAUUAUUUCUCAUUUUCUCUGAAAAAAUAAAGUUUCAGGACUACAGAGGGAGCCUACAGUGCUGGAAUUAGUGUUGUUAAUAUCGUUGAAAAUAACAGUGUUAAAGAUCGGCAUCACUUACCUGGUGUCAGAGGCUCCUCAGCUGAAUUAAUUCCAUGCUGUUAUAUUCUUAGAUUACGUCUGAUCAGAAAAGGCAGAGAAAAACUGAAGUUCAGCUGUCAGGGAUUUAAGAUGUAUGAGCAAAAAUACAGUGGAUAUAAGGCUGCGGACAAUUCAGUGCAUCAGAAAUAGUGCUCCUGCUCCUGUGAAUGGAGCUUGAAGUAGGUGGGCUGUGCUUUCACUGGGUGACUGACAGGAGAUGUGCCCCACACACCAGUUUGUUACCUUUGGGCAUGCAUUUGUUGUCUGAGGAUGCAAGCACAAGCCCCAUUUGAACUCUGAGCAAGAACUUACUGGAGAAGAUGAUGUGACUCCUCUGUUACAGUCUGGAGCAUCGCAUUUCCACCUCUGUGUCUGCGGCAAGAGUUCGGCUCUUUAAACACCAGAUAGAGAGGUAAGGCUGAUGAAAGGCAUCUCCUCCUCUCUAUAGCAUAACAAGAUGAAAUUUCACCUGGUUAGAUUUUCUUUUUUAAAAUCUGUGAGACAGGAGCUCCCUUGUCCAGGUGCUCUGCAGCUCUGGCUGUGUUAGCAAGUAGUACAGGCCAGUAGAGGAGGACACGCAGAGCAAAACCAUCAGUGCUGGUGUCCACACUUAUAGGUAUUGCAGAGGGCUGGCUAGUGUGGCCCCACACACCGAGUACCUGCUAGCUUUUGGAGCACCCUAUAAGCACAUCCUCUGACUUAGUUUCAUCCAGAAGAGGUCCGCUCGUGUGCUGUGGGACCGUUCUACAAUGUGAAACAAAGUACGGUAAGUGGCUUUGGGCAGAAGUUUGCUCAGGAGGGUACUCCUGGCUCUGAACUACUGAUGUAGAGACACUAUCUAACAUUACCUCUUUCCAUGGUACAGCUGAGCAGCACCAUUCUGGGAGAGUGCAGUUUUACAAGUGGCAGGAUUUAUUAAUUUGUUUGUUUAUUUAUUUAUUUAUUAGGAUUUUGCUGUCUAGGCUCUGUUCAUUACUUUGGUGUGGACAAGACCUGCUGCAGGUUGAAGAUGAAUCUAAGGGUUAUUAUUGUUAAAUUGGGCAUCAAGAUUUCAAAUGUUUGACUGUGUGCUACCCUCAGACACACAACAUCCAAAUUCUACUUUCAUCCUUAGUAACUCCUCCUCACUGGUCCAGUGGCAUGGCUUUGCACUUCUGUGUUAUGAGCACAGCUUUAAAAAGACUUUCCUAAAGAUAACACCCCAUUUCUUUCUCACUUGCAAUGAUAUAAAUGUGAAGUAACGUUCAAAUUGGCGCUAUUCCACUGAUAUAAGUCAAGAAUCAACUCUGACAAGACUGUUUUUGUCUCAACCUAGAGACACGUUUCACUACUCUCGACUGGUCGUGCUGAUGGAACGGAGUACGUGUCAUUUAACAAAUGGCAGUGGUGGAUUCCGUCCUUAUCAGCAUUCCCUAUGGAGAUACACAGCCACUUAGUCCCAGGCACAAGUGUGGCACAGGAGUGAGCAUACAUCUCAGCGGCCAGCGCUAAUGCAGGAGGGGACCUCAUGCUGUCUCAGCUGCCCUGCAGCUCUCCACCUGUGUGGCUGAGUACCACUGACCACCUCUCCGAAAGGAAGGAUUCCCAGUUGGAGACUGUCCAACAAGCUUGGCCAUCAGUGAAUAGGCUUCAGUAUACAUUCCAGGGUUUAAUACAGAUAUAUUCCAGAGUGGUUUUAGGUAGAAGCCCAGAGCUCCUCCGAACUUGUAUGGAUCCUCUUGGGUAGAAAAAAAAAGAAAGGGACCAUGGCUUAUUUGCUGCCUGCAUCUCUCUGAAUUUUAACACUUGCUUUACUUAUACCCGCCCUUCUUGCACUGAACAAUCUAUGAAUGUUUGCUAUUGGAAUGUUCUAAUUGCCAGUAAGUGCUCCAUGGUAAGUUACUUCAUUCUGUACUGUGGUAAAACUGGCGUGUUCAGUGGUUUCUCUGUGGCCUCUGCUACAAUUUGGUUCUCCUGGAGAUGCAGAGCUAGGUCAAAUCUGCACAACUGCUUUUAAAAGUUAAUGUGCCUGUGCAUCAUCAUAUAUUCUUAAAUCUGUGGGCACCGCUAUAGACUGCAAAAAUAUUCAAAAAUAAAUCUUUCCAUUAAUAUACUGUGUCAUUUGUCAAUAACUACUUGGAUUCCUUUCUCUCUUUUCCCUUCCACCUUUUCUGUUCUUAAAUAUACAAAAGUUUAAGGCCAUCAUACCUCUAAUAAAUGUCCAGUGAGUUUAACUUCUUGACCAUACAUUGUUACUUGUAUUUGUGUGACAUCAGACUCAGCAGCCCCCUACCACUGACAUUGUCAUACGCUUACUAAUACGUGGUGUUAGUGUCAGUGACAUAUGUACAUUGCAUUGACACAAAAAGAGUGGGAGAUGUCCCACUGCUGCUUUAUGGAAGCUGAGGCUUAGAAAACUUAAAAGUUGAGACUUUUGACAGCUGUCUAAAGCAUAUGGAGUCCCACAUCCCAUUAAAUCUGGCAUUCAAACAUGAAUUGUCAAAAGCUUGGGUACCUAUUAAAGGUCUAGGGGCCAGAUUUUCAAAGAUGUUUGUUGUUACUUUGCUAGGUGAAAUCAACUGGAUGUAGGUACUUAACUGGACACAUGUGCAGUGUCUAGUUUCUGACAAUGAAGCUUUCUUUAAAACAUUUAAAAAAGCACUUCCCUGUAAAUGCCUUCUGAAAUGAGCUGUUGAGUAAACUUUCCAAACUGUAACCUCAUUUGUUGGAAGUCAUCGAUUCCUUACUUCUGACAUGACAACGCAACUCUGU